CCCAGCGAAGACGAGGACAAUGCCGACGACCGCAGCCGCAGCCGCGGUUCGGACGAGAUCGACGCGCAGGGGCGGCCUCUCUGGAGGCCAAACGGGUACAAAGGGGCAGGGCAGCGGGGCCACAGCGACGUGUUCAGCGUCCACAUCGGCGGCGACGACUACGACCACCUCUUCACCUGCAAGUGCUGCCGCCGCAUGCUCAGCUCGCCGGUCUUCCAGUGCCCAUUUGGCCAUGUUACCUGCUCGAGGUGCGACAGCGAAUACGGGGACAACCGGUGCAGCAGCUGCGGUGCCGCCAAUGGCUACGGGCGCAACCGCGCCGUCGAGGAGUUCCUCAGCCGCAUUCGCUUCUCCUGCCACAACAAAGAGCAUGGCUGCACAACCCUCCUCGCCCACCAUGAGAUGCGUGCGCACGAGGAGUCUUGCCGCUACGAGCCCUGCUUCUGCCCCAUCCCUCGCUGCGGCUUCGCAGGCCUGUCCGACGCCCUCAAAGCUCACCUCAUCGACAACCACCACUGGCUCACGGUCAACUUCCGCUACGGCGAGAGCUUCCAAGCCCAUGCCCUCAUGUCGACCAUCAUGCACAGCAAGGACGAUGGCGAGCUCUUCUUCCUGGACAGCUUCCGCGAGGGCCGCGGCACUGCUCUGUCCAUGAUCUGCGUCCGCCCCGACAACGCGGUCGCGCAGGAGUUCGUGUACGAGCUGAAGACAACGGCGAGGAACGGCGACAGACGUCACAGGCUGCAAAUGCAGUCAAUGGCGCGGAACACGUCGCUGCGGAACGGGAUUGGGGAGAAAGAGAAGGUGUUCCUGCUGGUCCCUAAUGACGCUCAGUUGGGUGGCCACGUGGAGGUGUGCAUCCGUAAGGAUGUUGCCGGUGCAUCUCCGUAGGUUAGACGACCAAUAUCGAUGGCGAUACUAUCUGGUUUUAGGCUACUGGUACUCCUCAUCUCACAUUGCAGUUUAUUGUUGAAUGCCCCAGGUAAUCUGAAUCUCAUUUCACAUUGCUGCAUUAACUAUCAGCCAUUGUCUAGAUAUACUUAUAUGCUUGUCUGAGGAGGUAGAGAGAAAUUAUGAUAAGCUUUGGUGGUAAUUAGGUUCAUUUUU